AGUAUAUAAAUAAUGUAGUUAUUUUAUUUGUUAAAAACACAGAAAAUUGUUAUAUUUUUUGUAUAUUUAAUAUAACGAUUAAGAUAUACCAUUAUUUUAGAUAUCUUAAAAAGUAAAAAAUAUGGACAUACCGAAUCCGUGUACGUAGAAUAAAAAAUUGCAUUUAAAGUCAGAUUAUAAUUAUUAUUAGAAGUAUAUCGAUCUAUACUGUAAAAAAUUUGUGUAAAAUUACAUGCACCUAUUACAGUGAGUAAUUUUGAAACCUACUAUAAUAGGUGCAAAUUUGCAUGUUUAUAAUUUUGCAGCACAAGUAAAAAUAAUUUAAUUUGUAAAUAAUUUUACAAUAUAUACACAAGUGUAAAAGCAAAUUAAGGAAUUAUUGCAAAAUUUAUAUACAAAAUUAUAAACACGCAAGAAUUUAUGCCUAUUGUAACGGGUCUUAAAAUUACUCAUUUAAAUUAGUGUAAUUUUACAAAAAUUUUUUACCAUGUAUAUAUUGUGUAAACAAUGCUUUUUUUCAUAUAUGCACAUAUAAUUUAAUGAGUUACAGCAAUUACACUAUAUUUCUUUGUGCACUCAAAGUAGUGCAGAUAUUUUUAUUAACAUCACUUAAUUUAAACAUCCUUUUCAGAUUAAAUUUUAAGAAUUAUUAAUAAUGGUUAAAGCUCUAUAAAUUUUUUAUUGCAAAUUUAUUAAAAUGAGUUUUUAAUCGUACAUACAAACAUUACUAAGACAUAAAUGUCGAUCGAAGAACACCAUGGUUACUUACCACUAACAAAUAACACUAGUGUUUCAAGGCAGUAUCCAUUUGCAGUUUUAAAUUGAAACUGUCUGAAUGCACAUCAACGAAAAGUCAAUUUCACAUUUACUAGAAUUUAAAAUCAAUAUUUAGAAUAAAAGUCUUAUAAUACUUAGGCUAAUACUACAGCAUUAAACAUUACUUAAUUUUGGAGUGUAAUCUGUGAUACAGAUCAUUGUACUCCGUUAAUAAUGAGUUCAACAAAAUCCAAAGGAUGCGUCAAGUAUAGAACGUGGAAUAAGUGGCAAUUGUUUCAAGCUACGGAUUUUCAAUCAUUGAUGUAUCCAUCCUUCAUCUUCUCCAGCAUUUUCGGAUUAUUUCCAUAUAAAAUCAAUGGUACAACUUUCGAGAUCUCCAAACUGCGUUACAUUGUAUCAACCGUCAUUCUUGUUAUUCUCUGCAUUUACGAGUUUGCAGUGCUCUAUGAGAUUGACAUUGCUGGAACGAUUAGAUUCAAAAAUACACCUAAGACUCUCGAGCGUAACUGCUUUUACAUACUCGGUAAUUUUAUUGCGGUUGUUACAUAUAUUUCGUGCCGUUCUCGAAUGCACUUGCUUCAGACUAUAAUGAAUGUCUCUUCGAAACUGUCUCCCAAUUCAUACCGAAAGUUAUCUAGACUGAUUCAUGCUAAAGAUACCUUCGGUUUCAUCUAUUUAUUGAUAAAUUCGAUAUUUUAUUAUAUCACAUUGGAUUUCGAUACUUGGCAUAAAGCUUUUGUACCGUACCUUAAUUUUUUGGUGUUUCAUAUGGAUAUGCUGUAUAUGAAUUGUGUUUGUAUAUUAAAGGCAUGUUUUAAAAGAAUCGAUGACAAUUUAAUAAAUCUGCGGGAGCUCGUGGUGAACGAUGAACCACAUCUCCUGAGGCGGAUCUAUCACGAGAAUAAAAAUCCAUUCCUACUAAUGGAGCUCAAGACUUUGAAGAAGCAACAUUUGGAGAUCAGCGAUACGGUGCAAAUGUUAAACAACAUUUUCAGUUUGCAGCUUCUUGCUACAAUAGUUAUGACAUUUGCUGAACUCACUUUCCAAUUAUAUUUCUACAUAUUGUAUUUAAAAAUUGGCAUGAUAACAAUAAAUAUAAGUGGACAAAUAUAUGAGAUAUAUAUAAUAAUAACUAUGAUAUAUUAUUCUAUAAAAAUAAUAUUACUAGUUUGGGCCUGCGAUACAGGUAAAGACCAGGCCAUGAAGAUCGGUACUACCGUUCACGAUCUGCUUAACAACACUUCGGAUGAACAAAUCAUGGACGAAUUACAGUUGUUUUCAUUGCAAAUAUUGCACCGCGAAAAUGCAUUCUCCGCGAAGGGUCUUAUUAUGGAUGCUACUCUUCUUACAGCGAUUGUGGGUAAUAUAACUACAUAUUUACUAAUCUUAAUACAAUUUUUGAUUGCCUCACGUUCUUGUAGUGAAAAGAAAGCAAGUAAUGUUACUCUCACAAACUAAUUUAAAAAAGUAUAUUAAUAAAUAAAUAAAUAUAUUAUUAAAUAGUUAAAGUACUGUUUUUUAUCAUUAAGAAUAUAUGUAUAGACAUACAUGUGUAUGACUACAAGUUUAGUAUAAUACAUAUGUAUAUAUG